AUGGUGAAAAUGAAGAAAGAAAUUAUUUUCCUUCUUAUCAUUGCUUUUUCAUCCUUCACAAAGGCAACAACUCCAGGAAUUACGGUAGUAACAACAGCCUUUUUCACAUUAGCUCAGACAAUAAUAGCAGUUUCUUCUUCAACAACAAUGACAGCAUUGUCAACCGAAAAUAAGAAAAAAUCCCCUUCUCAACCACUCCUCACACAACAGCAACUUGUCCAACAAAUAGAAAAAGAACAGUCUCUUCUCGAGGAACUUCUAAAAAAACAAAACUCGACACCUUACCAACUUCAACUUCAACUUCAACAGCUGCUCGAACAACUACAACAAAACCAGUCACACUUUAAGCACCGUCUUGAACAGCAAGAGAAUGCUCGUAAGGAACUUGAACGGAAUCAUAGCUGCGAAAAUAAACAAAAACUUCUUCAUAACCAGCAGCUUACCCUUAAACUUCUUCAAAAACAAGAACCACUUCUGAAUCAAUUUCAGCACCAACAAGGAGUUAUUUUUCAGCAACUUCUUCAGCGACAACAGACUCUCGAAUCUCUACUACAAAAACUGCCUUAUCAACAACAACUAUUUCAAGAACAACAACCUAUUCUUCAACAACUUUUGCAGCAGCAACUGAAUUCUCUAAAGCAAGCAACGCAGCCAUCGACUGUGCAGCAACAAACGCUUCAAAAACAAAUUCAACAAAAUCGCGAGCAAUCUCAAAAUCAGAAGCAACAGCAACAUCUUCAACUCCUUCAGCAACGCCAUACUGCAUUAAAGCAAUUUCAGCUACAGAAACAACUACUUCUUCAGCAACUUCAACAUCUAGUGCAACUGCUUCAGUUACAACAACAACAAAAGCUUUCUUAUCAGCAACUACAAAAACAACCAUCUCUUCUCCAACAACUUCUACAGCUACAACAACUUCUUCUUGAACAAUACAAACAGCAACAACCACUUAUUCAGCAGUUCCUCCAACAACAACAGCAACUUGUGAAACUUAUGGAGCAACAACAACAACUUGUUGUACAAAUGCUUCUAGAACCUCCGCAAAUUUCUAAUCUCCUUCAACAACUUAGCCAGCUACAAGUCCAAUUCCAACAACUUGUGCAACAAGAACAACAACUUCUUCAACAACUACAGCAGAAGCAGCAUUCAUUUCAGCAGUACCUCCAACAACAACAGUCUAUGUUUAGAGACCUUCUGAAAAGCAAACAAAGUCUUCUCCAAAGUUUAAAACAACAAUUGAAGUAUUUAUUCCAGCACCAGAAAUAA